CAUCAAAUAAUUGUGGCCGGUCAUUUUCACGCUAAGACCAAAUUGUUUUUCCCAAUAAAAACAUCAAAAAAACAAACAAAAAAACAGAAAAAACAAAGAGAGAUGAAGAAGAAGCAGCAACAGAGCCUGGAGGCCGCACUGCUGAAUCGCAGAGAAAUGGAUUUGUUGAACAAGAAGAUGAGAUGGAGAAGAAGAGCUCUGUGGGGUCUUAUUCUCUCCCUCACCAUAGCCAUAACUUGUGAGCUUUCUUUUCCUGAUUCCUCCCCUCAUCAUCAAUUUCCAUCUCUUUGCCAAAGAUGAAUUCUGGGUCUGUAGUGGUGAGUUUGAGCUUUUCUUACAGGUGUAGGGCUUAUUGUAUGCAACAGUUUGGGCAUCUGGAAAGCAGCAGGGGAGGGCAAAAUGGUCACAGGGGGAAGGCUACAAACCAGAAAUAAUGUUGUUGAGUCAGAGAGAGCGGUGGUCGCCGCCGAUGAUGGGCGGUGCUCCGAAAUCGGGGCGUCGGUCCUUAGAAUUGGCGGUCAUGCGGUGGAUGCGGCGGUUGCGACUGCUCUAUGUCUCGGGGUUGUGUAUCCCGGUUCCAGUGGAAUUGGGGGUGGAGCUUUCAUGCUCGUCAAAUCUUCUUCUUCUUCUUCUUCUUCUUCACGAAUUGAAGCGUUUGACAUGAGGGAAACGGCUCCGUUAGCUGCUUCAAAGGACAUGUACGCGAACAACGGGGAUUCCAAGUAUACGGGAGCAGUUUCAAUGGGAGUUCCGGGCGAACUAGCUGGUCUUCAUGUGGCUUGGUUGAAACACGGGCGUCUCCCUUGGACGACUCUGUUCCAACCAGCCAUAAAACUCGCGAGGCACGGGUUCACCAUUUCCCCAUACCUGGCGUCCCACAUUGCCAAAAAACGAGACGUUAUAAUGAACGACUCCGGGCUGCGACAAGUGUAUGCGCCAGAUGGGAAGUUGUUGAGAGAGGGAGAUGAAUGCUUGAAUGUGGCACUUAGCAACACAUUAGAGGCAUUUGCAGAAAAAGGAGCCGGGGCCUUGUAUGGUGGCGUGGUUGGUGAAAAACUGGUUGAAGACGUGAGAAAAGCCGGCGGGAUCUUGACAAUGAAUGACUUGAGGAAGUAUAGGGUCAAGAUAACCGAACCGGUUGUUUUCGAUGCCAUGGGGUAUACGGUUUUCGGCAUGCCACCCCCGUCGAGUGGAACUCUGGGUCUCUCCCUGGUGUUUUUUUUUUUUUACCUUCUCUUCUGUCUGGUUACUUAUGUGGACUCAAAUAACUUCCUGACUUAUAUAUGCAUUUGGGAAUCGUAUAUAGAUUCUCAAAGUCUUGGAAGGUUUCCCCAGUUCUGCUGGUGCAAAAGGUCCUCUGGGUCUGCAUCGUAUGAUCGAAGCGUUGAAACACAUGUUUGGGGUGCGGAUGAACCUUGGUGACCCUGAUUUCGUCAACGUCACAGGGACAAUAUCGGACAUGCUUUCCCCUUCUUUUGCAAAGAAAAUCCGGCAGCAGAUAUAUGAUAACACCACUUUCCCAUCUGAAUACUACAUGCCGAGGUCAAUUUAGAGUAUGAAGGUGUGAUUUAUAUCAAGGCUCCGUUUGGUGGGGCAUAUAUGAACUCAGUUGGCAUUAGAGGAUGUUACCAAAUUUUUGCCUGUUCAACCAAAUGACCCUUACCAAACGAGAACCAAGUGUUUUCCUUGAAUAGUCUUUGAUCUUGAACUUUGUUUUUAGCUAAUGUUAUUACAGGUGGAGUCAACUACGAGACCACGGAACGAGUCACUUCUGCAUUGUAGAUGGAGAUCGAAAUGCCGUGUCAAUGACAACCACGGUGAACUAUGUUUUUGGAGCUGGAGUUAUGUCUCCUUCCACCGGCAUCGUGCUCAAUAAUGAAAUGGGAGAUUUCUCAAUCCCUACCGAAGUAUCCCCAGAGAAGCUCCCUCCCUCUCCGGCCAAUUUCAUUAGCCCUAGCAAAAGGCCAUUAUCCUCCAUGACCCCCAUCAUUGUUCUUAAGGAUAAUCAGUUGGCUGGUGUGAUUGGAGGUGGCGGUGGGAUUAACAUAAUUGCAGCAGUGACCCAAGUUUUCAUUAAUCAUUUUGUGUUGGGCAUGAAUCCCUCUGCAGCAGUUCAAAGUCCAAGAGUUUAUCACAAGCUCAUUCCAAAUGUAGUGUUGUAUGAGAACUGGACUGUCAUAGACGGCGACCACAUUGAGCUUUCGGAUGAAAGGAAGCAUUUCUUGGAAGAAAGGGGUCAUCAGCUAGAGGCACAAAAUGGAGGAACAAUCUGCCAAUUUGUUGUUCAAAGCCUACCAAAAUCUGGGAAAGUGUUGGGCAACCAAACGUUCCAUGGCAUGCUCACUGCUGUCAGUGAUUCCAGGAAAGAUGGAAGUCCUGCUGCCAUCUGAUGACACUCACAUUCUGUUUGUCUAUAUAAAAAAUGUGCUUCUAUUGAAUCAUGUAUAUUGCAUAAGG